UUCACUCUCAAACUCGACGACUCUCACUCUCACUCUCCCUGACACGAUCUUCACUAUGGCGUCCAAGAAGGUCGCAGUGAAAGCAGAGCCUCAUGGCUUUGAAUUCGGCGGACCCAUCGGCGCCUCACUCAUCUCCUUCGGCCUGCCCAUCGGCUGCUACGCCUUUGCCUUCCUCUGCAACGAUGUUUCCGGCUGCCCGGCGCCCUCCCUGCUCUCGCCGUCGAAACUAUUCACCGCGCCGGCUCUGUCCAACAAAUCAGGAUUCCAGCACGCCUUGGAUACAUUGGCAACAGAAGUGGGAUGGCCAGGCUGGACGGGUCUGCUGAAUACUGAGGCGGUCGUGGGGACAUUGGCGUGGUAUGCGAUCAGCUUGUUGCUGUACGCCAUUUUGCCGGCGCAGGAGGUUGAGGGUGUGGAGUUGAGUACGGGAGGGAAGUUGAAGUAUCGUUUCAACACGUUCCUCACCGCCGUGACGAUCCUCGUCGCAUGUGCUGCCGGUACCUUCACUCUGGGCCCACACUUCCAGGUCUGGACUUUCAUCGACCGCAACUACAUCCAGAUCCUCACGGCCAAUAUCCUCAUCUCCUACGCCCUGGGAACCUACGUCUACAUCGCCUCCUUCGGCGUCAAGCCCGGCAAUGCCGACAAACGGGAACUCGCCGCCGGCGGCCACAGCGGCAACAUCCUCUACGACUGGUACAUCGGCCGCGAACUCAACCCCCGCAUCUCCAACCCCCUCGUCGGCGAAGUCGACAUCAAAUCCUUCAUGGAGCUCCGCCCGGGCAUGAUCGGCUGGAUGAUCCUCGACCUCGCCUGGAUCGCAAAGCAAUACCGCACCUACGGCUACAUCACGGAUUCCAUCCUGAUGGUCGUCGUCUCCCAGUCCGUCUAUAUCCUCGACGCCCUGUGGAUGGAACCCGCCAUCCUCACCACGAUGGACAUCACCACCGACGGCUUCGGCUUCAUGCUCGCUUUCGGCGACCUCACCUGGGUGCCGUUCAUCUACUCCAUUCCCGCCCGCUACCUCAGCGUGCACCCCAUCAUCCUCGGCCCGGCCUACAUCGCCGCCAUCCUCGCCGUGCAAGGGCUCGGAUACUACAUCUUCCGCGCCUCCAACAACGAAAAGAACCGUUUCCGCAAUAACCCCAAUGACCCCGCCGUGGCUCAUCUGAAGUACAUUGAAACCGCGAGUGGAUCCCGCCUCAUCACCUCCGGCUGGUGGGGCACCGCGAGGCAUAUCAACUACAUGGGCGACUGGUUCAUGAGCUGGUCGUACUGCUUGCCCACCCUCGCGGCCGGAUACCGUCUCACGCCGAGUAUUCUGUACCCGGGCACGAGACUGGUGACGACGGAUGGCAUGCAAGGGUAUGCGAUGCCGAUUACGUAUUUCUUCAUGAUCUACUUUGCGAUUUUGUUGGUGCAUCGCGAGAUGAGGGAUGAGGCGAAGUGUAAGCGUAGCUUCGUACGACUACAAUUACCUAACUACUUCACUACUUCUAUCUACCUGCCUUCACUCUUCUCUUAA